AUGCGCCACGAACCCUCUGGCCAGUUCAAGUGGAUUCUACAUAUCAAAGAUCACUUUUCGAAGUACACCCAGUUACAUCCAUUAAAAAGCAAGCACGCCGAGCCGAUUGCAGCUGCGUUCGCUCAAUUUGUUGCGGCAUUCUUACCUCCCAAGAUCAUGCAGGCAGACAACGGGAAGGAAUUCAAGGGGGCUCUUCUGAUUCUGUUAAGAAAAUAUGGAAUCCAGAUCGUAAAUGGAGCUCCUAGGUCUCCACAAACGCAGGGCUUAGUCGAACAGGCUAAUGGAGUGGUUGAAACGAAAUUGAGGGCUUGGAAAAUGGACAACGGAUCAACUGAAUGGGCUGACGGAAUACUCGAGGUUACAUUGGCUAUAAACACUCAAGUCCACUCUACAAUUGGAUGUGCGCCUGCGGAAUUGCUAUUUCGAGAGCGUUCAUCAUAUACCGACUGGCUAAAUAGCCACGCACGCAAAGAUCCUAACGUUGGAGUUAUGCAAGAAGACCCUACCCAAGCCCCAAUUUACGCCCUCUGCACAAGUCCACCAGCCCAAACCAGUGGCUCAAGAGUUGACAAUGGAAAUUAUUCAGACAGUUCCCGCAUAACGCGCUGUGGCUCUGAUAUUAGUGGCUCAGAAAUCAAUGUACGAAUUACUCCGCCAACUCAAAGCUCUCCGAUGGAAGAAUGGUUUGACAGUGAUGCCCGCAAUCGAGGAAUCAAACGUACGAACCAUCCGACGAGUGAACCUAGAAGCGAGCCAGGGGGUAAUGUUCAAUUGGGAGAUCCAAUAAUUGAGAAGGCCCAGAUAGCCACCCAGAAAGCAAGAACUCGAAUGAUGCAGAAAUAUUCAAAGAGGCAAGAUAUCCAACACUUUGAAGUAGGGGAUACAGUCUCUUUAAAGGUUCCCAGAGAGGAUAGGACCUCAACAGAUAACAGACGCAUAUUUGGGCGUAUACUGGAUGAACCCUACCCUCAUAGGUACAAAGUUCUAACCCAUUCAGGGAUAAUCCAACGUCUAGUUCCCACUAAGGGAUUAGGAGCUGUUGAUAAAGCUCUCUGGUCGGAUAUUUUUAUUCCUGAAUCCACGAAGGAAGUUUCACUUGGGCUGGCAGCCAGGGAAGCUUCUACAAGCGCAAGGGUGGGAAUUUCAUGCCAAUGCAAGGGAUUGUGCAACACAAAGAGGUGCAGGUGUUAUAAAGAAGGCAAGAAGUGCAGCGUACACUGUCAUAGAGAUGAUCACGACUGUGGAAGUUUAUCCGGCUUAGCUGCACGGACUGAAACUGCCUUGGUGGAACGGCCGCGCAGGAAACGGGCUAGAACUGAUACUAUGGGGAACUCGGUGACUUAG